CCUGGAAAGACUUCCUCCUCGUGAACCCUGGGGCUUUCCUAUGGAGCCAUGCCUGCUGACCACGCUACGGUCUGGUAUCGGCGGAUGUCCAUUCUCUACGCACUCGGCGCCUGGUCGACGCUGGGCUCGUUGUUUAUCUUUACACGGAAACAGACGCUAUCAGACUUUGAAGACCAUAAUGGCUCAAGGAAUGAAACACCUCUUUCUACAAGUGAAGACUCUGAUUUAGCAACGGAAAGGGCCGAGCCUGCUAAAAGGUUUUAUAUGGAAACAGUUGUAAAGUAUUCAGAAGGUCCUGUUUCAGUCACUCAAAUGAUCCUGGCCUAUCUGAAGUCAUGGACUGGUGGGCCUGGCCGUCAAGGAUGAACAGCUGCUGAAUUCUGGAAACAAGGAUUUGGCUCAGUAUUUGGAGAGGGGCCUUGAUUUCCAUUUGAUGUUUGUGGAAAGAUUGUAUUUAAUUUAAUUUUAUAAAAUAUAAGCAUUAAUAAUGUGCAACAGUGUUUUCUUGAAGGUACUGAACACAUAAUUCAAGAGUAAUACUCUAUGUUUCCAUGGCUGAAAGGUUGAUCUAAAGCCAUUAAAUUUUUUUUAAAAAGUG